AUGCCAAAUUAUUAUCAACAAGGACCACCUCAAGGUUAUCCACAACAAGGUGGAGGUUAUUAUCAACAAGGUCCACCACCACCACAAGGUUAUUAUCAACAACAACAACCAAUGUAUGUUCAACAACAACCUCGACAACGUGAUAGUGGAUGUUGUGGUUCUUGUUGUGGAUGUUGUACUGCUAUACUUUGUUGUUGUUGUGCUGAAGAAUGUUUGGAUGCUCUUUGUUGA